AUGAGCGCUGCGCUCAAGUUCGGCAGCGUGUUGAACGCCACCAGCACCAUCGAGUCCACGUACACCAACUGGGUCGGCCCUGCGCUCGAUCAGUCCAUCUCUUCCGCGUGCUGGCGCAAGACUCACAUCGCCAAGACGUGUCCGUGGGGGUUCGACAAGAAGCUGGGCGUGUGCUGGAUGCAGUGUCCAUACUUGUACCCUGUCGAGUGCGGAUUCGAGUGCCUCCGACAGAAUGAUGACUGUACGCUCGCAAUUGCGGGGAAGGCUGCCGUGGUGGUGCAGACCGCGCUCGCCCUCGCCUCAUGGAACAUGUACGGUGACAUGUCUAAGUGGGCCAAGGGCAUUCAACUCGCCGUCAAGUGCACCAAGUAUCUCCUCAGCCUCACCAAGUCCCUCAUCAAGUACAUCCGCUACCUCAAGGUGUACAACCCAGAGACCCCGGAAGACAAGCUGCUCGCCAUCCUCUAUCAAAGCGACAACGUCAUCAUCGACAUCCCAGUGACCAUCUCCUACUGCAUGGGGGGGAAGGCGUCCGACACCGUCAAACUCGCUGACGGCGUGCUCACCACGGCCGAGUACGCGCUGAGGGAAAUCAUCUCGUACGGCGACGCCAUCAUCUCCAGCUGGGAACGGUUCACGGGCUUCAUGAAGAACCUCACGAUGGGCGAGACAGUCAACUCGCUCAGCGACAAGGACAUCACCAACUUGAAGACUGCGCUCGAGUCCAACUCGACCUGCGGCUUCGACAUGAAGCGCCUGCUGGACCGCACGUGGAUGACUGUGGCAGAGCUGCGUCGGCUGAACCCAGGCAUCUCUGAGGACGACAUCCGCGCGAUCAUGAGCCAAUCGAACCUCGUGCUUCACGACAUCCCCGUCGCCACCAACAACUGCAUGAGCGAGCUGAUCGCAGAGUCCAAUGAAGCUAAGGCCUACGUCCGACGCGGAACGCUGCGCAAGACGUUCGCGGCCAUCGUAGACGACCUCAUCAGCUCCGGAACCAGCAGCAACGGCACGUUCCUCACGGCCAAAGAGUAUGCGUUCAAAGUGGCGGACAGAGCCAUGGGGUUCUACGCCAUUUGGGACUGGUGGUACAUGUCCUCGGUCGUGUCCGAGUUCUUCGAGCCCAUCUGUCCGUCCACGGAGCUCGUCGGCGAGAUCGACGACGGCAGCGCGACGAAGGCGCUAGGCAUGAAGAUCGUCCAAGGCGCGUUCAACAACAGCCACGGCAUGUGGACGAGGGUGGGCGACGGCACCGUCACCAUCACGUUCAAGAGCGUCGAUACCGAGGACGUGGUCGUGAACAUCAAGUCUGGCGGCGACAAGAUCGACGAGGUGAGCGUGCGUGCAGGCAAAGUCGCGACGUGGAGAUCGAACUUGACGGCGCUGGAAGGCAAGACGCUGUACUUGGAUCGGUGGCGGCCUGGAUUUCUGGGUCUCCCCGGAACUGGAGGCGGUUCGUUGCUCUUGUGGGUUCCUCGGUCGACGCAGGGCGGCAACUUGCAGCUCACCGCGAUGCUCAACGUUAGCUGA